CAGAUGGAAUCUCCAACAUCAUGCCACCAGAUAAUCACAUGGUCACAUUGUCAACGAUCAAGUUCAAAGAAAGUUGUUGCAGGGAGUUUCAUAUACGUGCUAAUGUGCAGCAGCCAGCAGGCACAUGGCACACCGUAUUCAACCAAAAUUCAUUUCUUUGAUUCUUUCUCCGCCAUGCCUCAAGCCACAGUCCUACUCGUCCUCGCCGUGUUCGCGCCGCUGGCCUGCACGGCCGAGGAAACCAACCACAGCAUGCCCAGCCGCCACUUCUGCGGGACGCAAAGCCGCUACGCUCCCGACGGCACCUACGAGGCCAAGCUACGGUUGCUUGCGGCUAAGCUCGCCGCCGAGCUUGUAAAUGCAUCCUCAGAACUAUGCCCCUGCCCCACUUCCGCCCAUGCCAAUGCCGAUCAAGUCGCCGCGUACGCCUACUGCCGCCGGCGUCCGGACGUCGCCAAUGCGUCGGACACCUGCGUCGCCUGCAUCGCCUUGGCCUUCCUGGACGCGCGGCGGCUGUGCCCGUACCACAGGGAAGCCAUGGUACAGCGUGGCGAAUGCCAAAUCGCCUUCCAUGAUGCGCAACUCAGGGAGCAGGAAGAUAUGGUGGAUAACAACAGACAUAUGUCAUUUUGGAAAUCAUUUUGGAUGUAUAAUGGUUCAGUCCAAGCUGUCAUUUUGAUGCUACAGUUCCAAGUCAUUGGGUUCGCUUGUCUUCUGUUCUUGCUGAUCCAGGAAUGGCGUGGCAAGAAGACGCUGCGCGAUGUAAUUUAGUGGUAAACAAAUACUCUGUCCGCUUUUAAAUAAAGAGAAAAGUACUUUUUUCGUCCCUCAACUUGUCGGAAAAUUCAUUUCUGGUCUCUCAAAAACAAUUCAUACUUUUUUCAUCUCUCAACUUUCAAAACCGGACACUUCUAGUCCUUAAGGCUAUUUGAAGCGGUUUGUCUAGCCACGUGUCCGGUUUGCAUUUAAUCCCGUGACCGUCGAGGCUGUUGAAAUUGGUCGUCGUCGUGCUCUGGAUCUCGUCCAAGCACUGGUUGUACUUCUCCUCCACCUGCAUCAUCCAUAUCUUGAUUGGAAAAAAAAUAAGUGAAAAACUAUGCAAAAAGCAGACACGUGGCUAGAAAAACCACUCUGGAUGGACCAAGGGACUAAAAGUGUCCGGUUUUAAAAAUUGAGGGACGAAAAAAGUACUUUUGUCUUAAAUAAAGGAUGUUCUAACUCAAACUUCUUAAAGUUUG